AUGGGCGUCGGGGACGGCGCGACACCGCCUUCCUCAGCUAUUGAUAACAUAACCGCACUUGGGUCUGGCGCGCGCGCCGGGCGCGCGCGCCGUCGGACUCGCGCGCGAGGGGCGUCGGAGCGGCCCGACGUGGUCAAGGGACGGCUGAUUGUAACUGUCCUUGGCGCGCGCGCGCGCUGUCGGAGCGCCCCGGGGUGCGUUGGGCGGCCGCGACACAUGUAUUCUCGGGCUGUCGGGCUGUCGGGCUUGGGCGUCGGGGCGGCUGAAUAUAAACUAUCUGAAGCCGUACCAGGCGCGCGCGCGCGCCCGCCCCGAAUCGACCCGGGACCGCUCCAGACAUAUCCUACGGACGAUUUGGAGCCCAUCGGUGUGUAUCCCGCCGUCGUCGGGCCCCGAUGGUACCAUGGGCCGAAAUGGUACCACUUUUUGGUACCGUUUUUCAGAGUGCCCCGAAUCGGCCCGGGACCGCUCCAGGCAUGCUCUACGGACGAUUUGGAGCCCAUCGGUGUAGACCUCGCCGCCGCCGGGCCCCGAGUGCCCCGAAUCGGCCCGGGACCGCUCCAGGCAUGCUCUACGGACGAUUUGGAGCCCAUCGGUGUAGACCUCGCCGCCGCCGGGCCCCGAGUGCCCCGAAUCGGCCCGGGACCGCUCCAGGCAUGCUCUACGGACGAUUUGGAGCCCAUCGGUGUAGACCUCGCCGCCGCCGGGCCCCGUGGUACCGCGGGCCAAAAAGGUACCGCGAACCCGAAAUGGUGCCACGGGCCCAAACGGUACCAUAAGACCCAGAAGAUCUAUAUUAUUUCCACAGCGAACAGCUGCGUCUUCACGGCGAACGAACCCUCCCUACCCAAAAAAUGA